GUAAUGGCAACUUCAAUGAUUUGUUUGUGUUGAAUACGUGACAAAACAUCUUCCCACAAAAAUUAAAAUAUAGUAAAAGAUAAAUUAAGAGUGUAGAAGACAUUAAUCAAAAUGGGAGUACCAGCGUUUUUUCGCUGGCUCAGUCGGAAAUACUCAAGCGUUAUUGUGGAAUGCGUUGAAGAAAGGCCAACUGAUGUUGAUGGUCAAUUGAUACAUAUAGAUUCAUCUUUGCCAAACCCAAAUGGAGUGGAGUUUGAUAACUUGUAUUUGGAUAUGAACGGUAUAAUACACCCAUGUACGCAUCCGGAAGACAAGCCAGCGCCUAAAGAUGAGGAUGAGAUGAUGGUGGCUAUUUUUGAAUGCAUUGAUCGUUUAUUUCGUAUCGUGAGGCCCAGGAAACUACUGUACAUGGCAAUUGAUGGAGUGGCCCCACGAGCUAAGAUGAACCAGCAAAGAUCAAGAAGAUUUAGGGCAUCUAAGGAGAUUCAGGAGAAGAUAGAGGAAGUAGCCCGUGUACGGUCAGAGUUACUGGCUAAAGGAGCAUAUUUGCCUCCAGAGAAGCCCAAAGAGGCUCACUUUGACUCAAAUUGUAUCACUCCUGGUACACCAUUCAUGGAUAGACUGAGCAAAUGCUUGCAUUAUUAUAUACAUGACAGAUUAAACAAUGACCCUGGAUGGAAGAGUAUCAAAGUGAUCCUGUCAGAUGCUAAUGUUCCAGGAGAGGGAGAGCAUAAGAUCAUGGACUACAUAAGACGUCAAAGAGCUCAGCCGGACCAUGACCCUAAUACACAACAUGUGUUAUGCGGUGCUGAUGCUGACCUGAUAAUGUUGGGUCUGGCAACACAUGAGCCAAACUUCACCAUUAUACGAGAAGAAUUCAAGCCAAAUAAACCUCGCCCUUGUGAUGUCUGUGGGCAGCUCGGUCAUGAGAUGAAGGAGUGCACAGGGACAACUCCGGAUGCUUCAGUGGUACGCUCAGACCCAGCAUUCGGUACUCAGGAUAACUUCAUAUUUGUCAGGUUGAGUGUGCUGCGGGAGUAUUUAGAGAAGGAACUCCAAAUGCCAAACCUGCCGUUCCCAUAUGAUUUUGAGAGAGCAUUAGACGAUUGGGUGUUCAUGUGCUUUUUCGUUGGCAAUGACUUCUUACCCCAUUUACCCAGUCUGGAGAUACGAGAGGGUGCGGUGGAUAGAUUGGUCAAUUUGUACAAGAAAUGUGUUUACAAGACUAAGGGCUGGGUGACGGACUCCGGUGACGUGAACCUGGAGCGUGUGCAAGUGAUAAUGGAUGAGCUGGGCCGCGUCGAGGAUGAGAUCUUCAAGCGGCGUCAUAACAACGAGCUGGUGUUCCGCGCGAGGGACAAGGCGCGCAAGAAGCAGCAGCAGGUCAACUUCAAGUUGCUGGAGAAGACGCAGUUCGCGCCAAUGUCUCUGAGUGCUGCAGCGAAGCCAGUGCAGAAUGCUAGACAGGAGGCUGCUAACAUCCGUAUUGCUGGCAUGAACGCUGUCUCUGAGCAAGAGGGGUCUGAGCGUCGCGGACGUAAGCGGUCCGCGGCAGAGGCGCAGGCGGAGGGCGGGGAGGAGGCGGAGGAGGACGAGGACAAGCACGACGAGGUGCGGCUUUGGGAGGAUGGUUUCAAGGAGCGCUACUACGAGAGCAAGUUUGAAGUCUCCAGAGAAAAUAUGGAGUUCAGGUACCGCGUGGCGCUGCAGUACGUGCGGGGGCUGUGCUGGGUGCUACGCUACUACUACCAGGGAUGCGCGAGCUGGAAGUGGUACUUCCCCUACCACUACGCACCCUUCGCGUCAGACUUCGUCAACGUCUGCGGACUCUCUACUAAGUUUGAGAGGGGCACGCAACCGUUCCGUCCGCUGGAGCAGCUGAUGGGCGUGUUCCCCGCAGCCAGCUCCUCGCAUGUACCGCAGCCCUGGGCAAAACUGAUGAGCGACCCUUUUUCGCCUAUCAUAGACUUCUAUCCUACGGACUUCAAGAUUGACUUGAACGGCAAGAAGUUUGCAUGGCAGGGAGUCGCGCUGCUGCCAUUUGUGGAUGAGAACAGACUCUUCAAGGCCCUAGAGCCUUACUAUAAGGAACUCUCACAGGCUGAAAUCCAGCGCAACAUCCGCGGCCACGACCGGCUGUACGUGUCCCCCGCGCACCCCAGCUACGGCGCGCUGGUGGCGCUGUACGCAGAGGGCGGCGCGCGGCCUCAAGCGCCCGACGAUACGCGCCACCCCUACCGCAGCCAGGGGGUGCGAGGGGACGUCCUACUCAGCGGGGACAACGUCAGCGUCGGCGGCCAGCUGCCGUCCCCCGUGGUGGGUCUGUCUCCUGUGCUGGGCAACCGCGUGGUCUGCGUGAGGUUCGAGGACCCGCAGUACCCUGAGGAGUUCAUCUUCCCCGCGCGCCGGCUGCAGGGCGCCACCGAGCCCCCCAGGGUCCUCAAGCCGGGAGACCUCACUGAUCAGCAGAACAGGAACUGGAGACCUCACAUUGGUAUGGUUAGGUCACACACAGUGGCUAACCUAGAGAUGGCAGGACAUCGUAUGCUGGGACACCAUUUGCCAAGGGAACGUAAUUAUGGCUCCGUGCCUCCCCCACAGCACAACCAGGGUUAUGGACAACAUCAACGAUCUCAUUCCUUUGGACCGCAACGCAGCGGGUACACGUCAAAUUAUAACCAAGGACAGAACCGUGGAUACCAGGGACAGGGUUACAGACAGAACUACCAGGGUAACAAUCACCAUGGUAAUAAUUACCAUAGCAAUCAGGGUUACUCUAACAACCAGGGUUACACUAGCAACCAGGGUUACUCCAGCAACCAGGGUUAUUCUAGCAACCAAGGUUACACCACUCAGGGUUACAAUAGUUCCCAGUCGAAUGGCAGGGGUUACCACGGACAGGGGCAGAAGUAUUCCAGAGGGCCGCAGUCGGAACGUCGUCCUACAGGACAAGGUGGUCGGCAAGGCGGGUCAUGGCGUUGAAAAACUUUAAAACAAGCGAUUUUUGUAAAUAUGCGACAAAUCGAUGGAGGAUAAGUAUAGAUUGACGCCUAGUACUAGGAUAAUGAUUUAGUCGAAUAUCGAGUAAUUUAGUAGAUAAUAUACUAAAUUACUAAGCGAGUGGUGUUUUGCUUGAUCAAAAUUUACUAAAUAAAUCUAUUAAAACAAAAGUUUUGGUCUUGUUUAGUAAUUUAGUAAGUGGUGGGAGGUGCUACUAAAUUAUUUGCUAAAAUACUCGAGAAAAAAUUCCGUUUUUCCGAAUUUAGCUACUAAAUUACUCAUUACUCGACUAACUACCAUAGUGUGAAAAACGGCGAUGACAUGAUUUCGAAAUUCAAAUUUGAACAAAGUUUUCUAUGACGUUUUUUUUCAAUAUUUAGUAUCCGUUUCCACUUAGCGGCUAAUCGAGAAAGGCCAGUGGAAAUAAGAUUAAACAAACACAGUUUGUGUAUAAUGUACAUAUAAGUAUGUAUAAAUUCUCACAACAAUUCUUAUAUUUUAGGAUUAUUUGGUGGAUUAGGUUAAGUUUUUAGCUAAUUUUCGAAUUAGGCCUUUUUUGUAUUUUACCUACAUUUUACACAUUGUAAUGAAUUUAUUCACGCAAACCUAAUUAUUUAGAAGUAAAAAUGCACACGACGUAAAACACUGCUAUACUCCGACACUAAGGAAAUCCCUUAGUGUAAUUUAAUUUAAAAACACACCAAUGUUCAAGUAGCCAUUAAAGUUAAAAUACGAUUUUUUUCAAUUAUAU